AUGGCUAGCCGCCGCGGGUCAUUGGCGCUCGUCGUCCUGUGCUCGGUGCUCGUGCUCGCGCCGCACGGUGCCGCGAAGAAGCCCCGCCUCGUGCCGGCGAUGUUCGUGUUCGGGGACUCCCUGGUGGACGUCGGCAACAACAACCACCUGGCCCAGUGCAACCUCAGCUGCAAGGCCAACUACGCGCCCUACGGCAUCGACUUGCCCUGCCGCUCGCCGACCGGCCGGUUCAGCAAUGGCUACAACAUGGCGGAUCAGCUAGCUCAGCUGCUGGGCUUUGCCAAGAGCCCGCCGCCUUUCCUCUCCCUGUCGAACGCGAGCGUCUACCAGCGGAUGAGCACAGGCGGCAUCAACUUCGCGUCAGGAGGGUCGGGGCUCCUUCCUGAGACCGGCUUCAACACGUGUGGCGAGGUGAUUCCCAUGUCCGAGCAAGUCGGGAACUUCACGAGUCUCGUUCGAAGAAGGUCUGGAAGCGGACGAGACCGGACGGCGGCUGACCUCAUCUCCAAGUCUCUCAUCUUCAUUAGCGUCGGCAGCAAUGACCUGUUCGAGUAUGCCGAUAAUUUCACACAAGCUAACGUCAGUGACCCUAGCCGUAACGACACGGAGUUCUUGCAAAGGCUCAUUGCCUCCUACACGGGUUACGUCAAGGACUUGUACGCCGCCGGGGCGACGAAAUUCAGCGUGCUGAGCCCAUCGCUGGUUGGCUGCUGCCCAUUCCAGAGGGCGGUAGCGAAGAAGUUCAAUGGCAGCGAACAACAGUCCGGCUGCCUCGGCUUGGCGAACAACCUCUCCCGGCAGCUCCACCCCAUGAUCGCCUCCAUGCUGCAGGACCUCAGCCUGGAGCUGCCCGGCAUGAACUACUCCCUCGGCGACGCCAUCGAGAUGGCCGAAUUCGUCUUCAAAAGACCUAGAACGCGUGACUACAACUUCACCACGCUGGACCUUCCGUGCUGCGCGUUGGGCGAGUUCGGCGAGGGCAUGUGCAACACCUGGGUUACCCUGUGCCAGAACCGGAGCAGCUACUUCUUCUGGGACAGGUUCCACCCCACCGACGCCGCGUCGGCGAUCACCGCGAACGAGCUCUUCAACGACACCGGGCACUUCGUCAGCCCGAUAAACGUGCAGCAGCUGGUGGCGCCGGGACCGCGACCAUAA